CGUUUUGAUACAGUAGCUUCCACUCUGCAAGCUCACCCUUGUCUCUUGCUCUGCCUAUCCGGGCACGAGGGCCGUCCACCCGUGAUCCCACAAUACCUCUAUGGGCAUUUGGGAUUAUAUGUUUAAACUUUCACACUUGCAAAGAAAUAGUCAGAUAAACCAAGAAAGGCAGCAACCCCAGUGACGAGCAGCUGAAAGCAUGAAGCUGUUUCCAGCCACAGCCGAAUGACGUUGAGUUUGCUAAGGCUCAAGAGUGUGCCGCUGUGUGUCUCUCCCUUGUGACUAUUCUUGGUGGUAUGUCCUCAUGAUAUGUUGUGUUUGGAUUCCCUGACAACUACAGGCUACGAGACACCUUGCAACGUGACGCCUAGAAGGGACCACGAGAGGGACUUGGAACUAGACAAGAAGAUUGAGGCUCUCCGCAGGAAGAAUGAGGCUCUAAUGAAAAGAUACAAGGAGGUGGAAGAGGACAAGAAAAGAGCAGAAGAAGAUGGAAUGGCCCUCCUAAGCCGUAAGGGAAAAGCUGAUGAUCUCACGAUAACAGUAAACAAGUCCACCAGUGAAAGCCGAGUAGUGGUGACCAAGUCUUUCAACACUACCUCACCUGUUGCGAAAGUACAAUUGGAAAUAGGAGCAGGCUUCGGGAAGGAAAUUAGUCUGCAGGCAUCUGGCAAUGUUGGCAGAGGGCACAAGAAGAAGCUAAUUGUUACCAUGGCUGGUAAAAAGGGCAAGAGAGUGGUGUGUGAGAAAGUUGAGAAGAUGCCAGACCCUACAUGUUUGUCAGAUGUCAAGAGCCCGGCUGAUGAGGAACAAGCUGGCGGGGUCGAGGCAGCAGGGAAACCAAAGCAAGCAAGUCACAUGACCAAGUUGGACAAUACAGCACAGGAGCUGGAAAUCACAGACCUUAACAUCCCCACUUCGAAGGAGGAGCAGGAGGAAUACCUGCAAUGGAAAAAAGAGCGCGAGAAGAUUGACAAGGAGAGAGUAGCACGUCACAAAAACGCCAAGGGACAGUGGAGGCGGGCGUGGGACAUUGACAAAACAGAGAACAUGUUUUUAGACAAAUCCGUACCUGACAGAGAUUGGGUGCCUCCACCUAGAGGAGGACGAAGCCCCAGAAGAGUACAGCAUCGGUCUGGUGCUGACCCAGGAGGUCAUGAGAAGCGAGGCAAAGACAAGUCAACAAAAAACCUACAAGUAAUGGGCAGUAACGCAAAAGGCAAAGAUCGUCUGACUGGGAGGGCUAGAAGAUGGCAAGAUCAAGUAGAAGUAGAAGGUGAUAAUUUACAGACUUCAGAUGUACCAUCUGAAGAAUUCCUGGAGAAAUUUGAUGCACUUACAGACGCUGAAGAAGAAGAGCAGAGAGAUCAGGACUCAAAAACAAGGUUGCUCAGUCCAGAUAUAUUAAAUCCAUGUGAAAUAGAGAGUGGAUCCAAAAGUUCAUCCACAUUGAGAGCAGACACUUCAGUCCAGAACAAAGCAGAUGCCUCACCCCAUAGGACUUCAGAGAAGAAAGUGCGAUUCUCACAGGAGCUCAUCCAGGGGGCUCACACAAAGCAAAUCACAGGCUCUCAGGAUUCCGCUAGCAGCUCCGAAUCAAGUCAAACGUGCUUCGUAAAGGCUUCCUUGCAGAAAAAAAAUCAGCAUGAAGUGCCCCGACAGUUUCUGGAAAGUGCCAAGGAGGAUGAAGAGAGUCAUUGGCAGCAGCAGGCUUCUGAAAGUGAAUGUACUAAAAAAGACAUCAGUGCUCCCACAGCGGCUUGUGGUCCUCUUGCUGAGAAGGUCUGUGCUUCUCCACUGGACUGCUCUGUCCAGUCUGUGGACCUUGCCAACAUAAACACAGAUGAACCUAAUGAUCCGUGUGUAUGUGUCUUGAGCCUGGAAUCGGGGGAGUCACACCCGGAACUCUUUAGCUGCACCGACAAGGCAAGAGAACAUUAAUAUUUUCAGGAUGCAUAUGAUGAAAGACUCGAAUAUGGAUGCUUGAUGGAGAUGUGAUUUCAAGCCUUGCAGUUUGAGGAAGCUAUUUGAUCCAACAUUGUGGUGUAUUGCUGCAUCCGAACACUUAAUGAAAUACAAAAGGAUCCGUGGUGAUACAUCAUUUAAUGUUAGUGUGCAACUUGAGUGCAAUACCACUGAAUGUUUACAUGUGUUCUUGUAUUCACGUAUAUUAGUUUGAUAUAUUGGAGUUUGGCCUUAAAAAGAAAGAUCUGAUAUGGCCCCUUUCACAUUCACCUGAAGCACCGUUUGAAUCACAAGAUUUAAGCGGGCAGGCCUUGUAUGUGAAAGCAACUUCACGGGUCGACUGACACGGACAUUUAACGGGUCGCAUUUUAGUAUAAUGUACGAGACUUUCCUGGGACGAGGCGUAUGUGAAAGUAAGCGUUAAAUUCCCGGGUCACAGCACGAUGUCUGAUGACGUAAAUAUCAUGGCAGGCCGAUCGUCACUUCCUUUUUCUUCGCAGUAAGACGAAAAGCUGUAAAGAAACAUUGCAAUUCUCAACAAAGCAAGCUGGAAAUGGCUAAAUUAAAGUGAAAACAUAACAAAAUUAAACUGCUACAGGAUCAUAGAGUCGAGGAAAAGAGUCCAUCGUCCAUCUUUGGAAAUGUGUGGUUUAUUUUGUGGCUGAUAUUAGGGUCCGGAACUGCGGAAACAAGGUUGUACCGCAAAGCAAAAAACAACGGAGGGAUGUCUUCAAGGGUUUAUUACCGGUAAAUAAAACAAAAAUACACAGGAUCGCAGAAAACGGGCAAUUACACAAUGGGUCCGUGACAGUAGAUCGAUAGGGAUGAAUAAUACUAACCUAAGCAGUAGGCAGAGAGCCGAUAAGACAAAAAAACAAAUACACUCAAAUACCAGCACAACGUAGGGCAUUUCAAAACGAGGGCGGCGGACGAACAAGUUAGCAAAUGCACAAAAUUCCGAGAGUACAAGGUGUCGAAUGGCACCCAGCAAGUUAAUAUCUCGGCACCCUUCUCAUGGAUCGCCUGGCCUGAAAUACAGUCUAGAUGAGCUUGAAUUGGCUGCAGUUACGACGUCGGGAACGCUCCCACAACCGGCUCUGUAACAAAACACAAUUUGACCAACAUUGUGACAGCCGUUGCUGACCAAAAAUCACGUAAUGUCCAGGUUUUAAAAUCCAGCCAGCAGCCCUCCCCGCACAGAGAGCGCCAGUGGGCAACACAGGACAAAUCUGUGAAAGUUUCCAACGCGCGUCAUUCCCGGGAUAUCUCUACAUGCAUGAAAGCAAUGACGCGAGUAAAUCCCGUGUCACCUUACACAGGAGUUUACCGGGAUAUGUUUGUGAAAGGGGCUAUAAUUGUAUUCAUGUAGUGCCUGAUUUGACCCUUAGGCUACAAUCAUGGGGGAUUGGUAUUGGUAAAAAAACAUGAAGCAAAGAUUUUAUUUUUUUAAGCAAUAUAGUAGGUUUAUAAACUACCACAAGCCAAAUUUGAACAUGCUACUAAGACUGAGUGUGCAAUUAUGUGUGUACACCUGACUUAAAAAUGUAAAGCUCAGCUCAACACAUUGAAAGGUUCCUAUAUUUUAAGUUAAAAAAUUUACAAGUUAACGUCAGCAACAUAAUUAGUCACUUUACGGCUGCGUAUAAUAUUUUUAUGCACUUGAAAACAAAUGGAAAUUUGCACAUGUGUAGUUUUGAUAGCAGCGGUAUGAAAUAUAUCUGCCAUGCCUUCAAAACUAAGAUUUUUGCACUUCUGGUUUGUUUGUAUGGCAUUUAAACAGAAGUUUGUGUAUAGGACUGUUGAUUUUGUCCACUGAGGCAUUGAGGCACAUCUGGGAGGGAAACACUUGGGAUGUUGAAAAUAAAUCAAGAAUGCGCAUGAGGGUUUGUCAGUAGUUAAAACACAGAUGCAACCACAGCUGCCCUUUCAUGCUCUUUUCAUAGCCCAUUUUGGAGGGAAAAACGUUCUAUUUGAUAAGCAGUCUGAGAAUGUUGUUGUGCCUUGUAUUUGGACAUUGUCAAAUAUAAUUGACAAUUGUCAUCGACCCAGACUUGUAUUUCAACUUUCUUUAAAUGUGUGUGUUUUCAAAUGUCUUUUUGUUGAACUGUGAGUCCAAAUCAAAUAAUACACAGCCUUGUCUUGUGUGCCGAUUUGAUUUGGGGAGAAUGCUGUAGUUUAGUAAAACUGUUAUGUAACCAAGUACAGUAGUUAACUGACACACUACAGGGUUCUUACAGCUUCAACUGUGGUUACAUAAAAAAAGGUUUGAAGCAGAUACGCACUGGGGAAGAAUGCAUUUAAAGCCUAUGUAUAAAUAAUGAUUGAAAAAUAAAGCUAAAAUAUUGUUCUAGUUUUA